AUGGUUGAUUUUCAAAUUCAGUCUCUGCCGGGUUCUCCUGGCCGAUUGUAUGAAACUUUUGUGUCGGUUGCUAUCUUUAUCAACAUUAAAUUAUCAAUGUCUAAUGUUACUGCCAACGAAGCCUGGACAUCUGUGGUAAAUGUCUUCAGGGAUGUCAUAUUCGUUGAUAUCCAGAAUGCAGUCUCUUUGGACAAUACUUACUGCUUUAAUCUCAAUCUAGAUUCUCCAGGUCCCAAGAAAAUAGUCUUUCACAUACAUCAACAGGGCGCAGAUUCUGACACAGAAUCUGAAAUGGAUUCGGGUGUCUCAGAGCUGGAAACUGAAGAUGUGGAGGAGGGUAGGAAUGACGUGGAGAUGAAAACCGAAGACACAGAGGAUGAAAAUCUUGCCGUGAUCGAUCCAGAAUGGCAGUGCGCUGGGAAUCCCAAUCCUGAUCCUGCAAAUCCUACUGUGCUGUGGAGUUAUUAUGUCAAGGCAAGAACAGAAACACCAGACUUGGACUCCUCAGAUGAGGAGAUUGUGUAA